AAAGCUGUCCGCCUCUACCGCCAUCUCCCUCCCACAGUCCCAAUUCGCUCGGUCGGCUCUUCUCUUGACAAAUUCCUCUUCCCAUCGUUGCAUAGAAAUCUGAUUUCCACGGCGACGGCGAUUUCAACUCGGCGAAAAAGUCCGAACGCGAUAGCUGCAAAAAGAAAAAUCAAAAACGGGAAAAGGACGACGCGACCGAAGAAAAAUUCCCGAAAAAAACCCAAGUUCGUGAAUCGGGCCGACGGGACGGGAGAUACGUUGGAUUCCUAAACGCCGCGCUCGGCAAAUAAACAAAACUCCUUGGCAGGCAAAAAGAAGGCUGCGAGUGGUUUUUUUGCAGGCGAACGAACGGGCGAGAUAUUUUCUACGUCUUCGUUGGGCGGUCGGACGAGUGAAGUUCCUCCAGCCCGCCGUCCACCAGUGCCGCGGAAGGAAAUGAGAUUUCGGGCGCGCAUUCGAUCGCAAGUGGAGCAACUGUGCCUUGAGCUUGUCCGCUGAACGGGCGGGCGCCGAGAAAUGCUGUGCGAGUGCCGUGGAUCGAUCGAGCGAUCGGCCGCCCUGUGAAAGCCCCGCACGGACGAGGACGCUGCUGGCCGUGUCGUGGGGACUGUUGUCCGCGGACUAUCAGGACUCCUGGUGUGUGUGCUGUGUUGCGGGGGACUGGGUCGGGGAGAAAUCGUACUGCACGACGGGGACGUGGGUCGCGGGCGCCCAUGCCGCGACUUGGAGCGCGGCGGAGAAAUCUAGGCGAAAGUCCAUUGCGCGCAUUUUGACGUCGGCGGGCCCCCCUGCGUGACCACUGCUCGCGUAGAAACAGCAAAGGAUCCAGCCCGACCACUGGCCUCUACCCGGACAGUACUGGACAGCGGCACUUCCAAAAUCGCCAUUAAAAGUGAUUUGCGCGCGACUUGCUGACCACGACGACACGGAAUAGGAGCGAGGCGACGACGGCGACCAGUUUGCAUUUAGCGCCGUCCAGCGAGGGAGAAAAUUCACGUCGAACGAGGAAAGUUUCCAGCGACUGAUUGGACAGGCUCGCCAGGGAGCGAUCGCAGGCUGAACCGCGCGGACCAGGGAGCUGCAGGCCGAAUGCGGAUAACCUUUUUUAAACUAUUCGAAAACUAAGGCCAUCAACUUAUACCCCCACAAUGGAGGAACCCGACGAAGCGCAACAACAAAAUAUGGUUUCAAAUUUACCACUUUUAUUUGCAAACGGUUAUCCAACAUCACUGGAUAAAAUAUCAGAGAAGGCUCUAGAAACAUUCAUUCCUUUUAUGGUUCAAUGUUCACUAGGAAAUAUCAAUAUACAAGGACGCAGCGAUAUAAGCGAACCAGAAUGGUGGCCUGAGGAUGUACCGUUCUCGAUACCACUUGUGAAACCGAAAAAAUUUGAAGGCAAUUGGUUGGACAAAAUGAAGGAGAUAGUCGUGAUUUGUUAUCAAUUUCAUAAGAGCAUCUUUUUGCUAAGAUUCUGUUAUGAUCUUGCUGCCUAUGAACCGACGCGAUUACGCUUCAUGAAUAAUUACAAUUCGACCACGUCAUUGUACGAUAGACGCUGCAACAAAUUGUUGGUCACAUUCCGCAAUGAAAAUAUGUCUUAUGAUCAGCCACAAAGAAAUCGUAAAACGUUGCUGCAAAAAUCCAGAUCUCAAACAAGUGAAAAUAACAAUAACACACAACAAAUGGUUGAGCCGGCUCUUUUUGAUAUCUACUUGUGCGAUCAUUGUGAUGCUGAACUGUAUUCAUUAGAGGCAAUAACGGAACACGAAAAAACCUGCAUACAAGAUGAUGAUGUGAUAAUUUGUGAAUCACCGUCACCCGAAGAUGACGAUCGGAUUGCUGAACAAAACGUUACAAAUCUUCUAGACAAAUCUAAUGACGAGAGACGAGAAGCAUUUCUUCUAAAUUUCGCUCUACAAAGUCGUAACAUUCCACCUCCUGAGAAAUCAAUAAAAUUAGAUAGUAGUCAAAACCAAUCAAUAAAAUCUGAAGAAAAAAUAACAACAAUAGCCUCAAAAACAGCGACAAGUCGAAACAACGGUGACAGAUUCAAAUGCGUUAGCAUCGCGAGCAGGAGAAGUGGUCGUAACGCUUCCAAUGAUGGCAAAACCGAGCGAUCGCCAGAGAAAUUGGAGAAGCUUAAACGCCUGCCCAGACGUAACAGAGCUGUGUAUGCAUUAUCACGCUGUCCGACGGUGCCCUUAUCAUCGCCGGCUGGUCAGCUGAUGAUUAAAUCAUCGAAAACCUUAAUGACUAACGACUACCUCUACGAGCGACUGGACCGUAUGGAGAGAUUUUGUCAUACGCCCAUCCUAUCGCCCGGUGUCAUACGGCCGAAGUUCAUGUCCCGUAAAUUUGUUCUGCCGCAUACACCGGUCACACAUAAGAAACCAGUAGGACCGCCUAUUGUGCGCUUAUAUUCAUUUCCACGACGACAAUUUUUCAAUCGGUAUCGAGUAGAGAGCUUCUUGUUCCUAAAUUCGUUGCUAUUGAAACAGUGUCGUCCAGUUUCGAUACGACUGAAAAAGCUAAACGAAGCUUGUUACGAUAGAAGAGGAAGUUCGUAUUUUUUGAGCAAGUCUUUAGGUUUGUCACGUUGUAGCAAUAGAAGUAAUAGUUCGGCAAGUAGCGAUUGUUUGAGCAUUAAAAGUUCCCAUGUUGUGGAAAGCCGCAGUGCGGGGGUGAAGCGUACUCCUGAGGUUGUAGUCGAUACGAUUGAUCUAUGUUCAUCGGAUGAAGACGACCACGACAAUGAUGGUGCUGGCAAGGAAGUAACUAUACCUGAAGUGCAUCAAAAGGACGAUGCUAUUAAGAUUGUUGCAGUCACUUCACAAGCACAAAUAUUCAGUUCCGAAAUAACCUUAACCCCACUUAGUAAGAGUCUAGAGAAGGAAAUCGAAGACAUUCGAAAUAAGAGCAAAUUUGAAGGAAACUUCCUGGUAUCACAAUCAACCGCAACACAACCACCUAAACCGCUGCAACCUUCUGUUUUCCUGUUCUCCAACUACACAACGGAGAACAUACAUUUGCGGCACAGCACCGGUGGGAUUAACACCGGCAAUACGACGAGCUACAAUAACUCAACUGGGGAAAGUAUCAUAGCCAACGGUUGCCACCAGUCAACGCCACCGCCACAACUGGAUAAGCGAUCGAGUCAGCCGGUGUUCCAGUUUAAGUCGAUAGCGAAGGAUUUCAGCAACAGCCUGCAGAAUCAGGAGAAUGUCGAACGUAACACAACGGCCCCCAUUCGCUCCACCCCGACCACGACCAUAAUCAAGAGUUCAAGUCUGAAUACUCUGCAAAAUGGUGGCAAUGAUUGGUUACCAAACCUGAAUGUGAAUCAUCGUACUGAUCGUUGUAGCAACCCUACGACAACUAGUAAUGGUAGUAGUAAUAAGAUAAUACAAAUAUUGAAAUGUUCAUCAGAGGAUAGUGAUGUAGUUUUAAAUAAAAUCAAUUCGCCGCCGCCAAAUCGGACUAUAUCGAUAGACCUGACUAUUUAAUAGAUUUAAUGUAAAAUUAAUGAGGGAACUCAACAUUAUGCUACGCUCGUGUACAUUGAGACAGAGAGGGAAAAUGUAAUUAAAAAAAAAAUGUUAAAACAGAAAAACAAUAAAAACAAUUGAAUAUAAAAACAGAGAAAAAACUGAACAAAAAAACCAACACACUUAGUUGUAUUAAAAUUGUGUUUCUAAUUUACAACACGUAUUUGCAUAAGUCGCAUAUGAAUAGUUUGUUGUAACUGUAAGUCGCUUCUUAUCACGUUUAGUUUCCUUUUUUUUUUAUCUUUUAGUGAACAUAUUUCAUAUUGUAUUUAAUUUUCAAUGUCGGUCCUAGAAGAUAGCAUAACAAUUAUUUCAAUAGAUGAAACAAAGUGAAAUUAAUAAGGCAAGUGAUUAUUUUUUAAUAUUGAUAGAAAGGUAAACAAAAUAAGGAACUGAAAAAAAAAUACGGUAUAUGUGAGAAAUUGAAGAAAUACAAGAGAAUUUUCAAGUAUGAAAACUGAAAAAA